AUGGCUUCAGCAGCUGUCUGCAGCGCAAGAAUCUGCGGAACCAAGCGAUUGCAUCUGUUCGACGACGAAUACAACUGCGAUUUCCCAUCGCCGUACCCAUCGCCGGUUACCAAGAGACGCCGGUUCGUUCCCCCAGGUCUCGAGCGCCUUCAGGCGAGGUUCCCCAACAUGGAGGUGGCGGUUCUCGAGCUAGCCCUAGAAGAAUGCGGCGGCAACAUCGACGCCGCGAUCCACCGCCUCUGCCGUCUCUCCCUGGAAGAAGCACCUGCCUCAAAACCCAACCCCGCGGCGAAAAUCAGCAGCGAUCCUCCGACCCAGUGGGUUGAGCUGCUAGUGGAGGAGAUGGCGAAAGCGACGAGCAUGGACGACGCCAAGUCACGAGCCGGCAAGGUGUUAGAAGCUCUGGAGAAGGCGGUGGCGCAGGCCGCCGGGAAGGAGAGCAAGAGAAGAGCGGAGGUCAUGAGCAGGGAGAAUUCUUUGCUCAAACGGGCGGUGGCGAUUCUCUACGAGCGGCAGAAGGACAAGAAGGAGAAGGAAGCCGAAUCAGAGGCCCUGAAGAAAUUGGUGGCGGAGUACCAGGAGAAACUGAAAACCCUAGAGGCUAACAAUUUCGCCCUGUCCGUGCACUUGAGUCAAGCGCUCCGCGGCGGUUCAAUUUCCGGCCAUUGCCGCCCCGAUGUCUUCUGA